ACUUACUGUCAAGUUUCCCUCUCAUUCUCUUUCCUCUCUUUAAUGAUCAUUCUUCAAGUGUCUAACUUUGGGUGUACAAAAGUUAUGGUGUGGAUUGUGGACUAUCUUUCAUCAACUCUUUGGAUUCUAGUUCUAUACUUACUACUAUAAUUCUACUACUAGUAGCUUUGAUAUGGUUUAUUGCCUAAAACAUCAAUCUUUUUCAAUGUUUUUGAGCAACAUUUUCAAACUUUAUUACCAAACCAAACAUUUUUAAGUCUAAUUAGUGCUUUCCAUCUAAACCCAUUUUUGUGGUUCCACUUAUCACCCAUUCUCAUUGUUUUUUCUCAUUAUCUUGCUAUUAUCUUUUAUGGGUUUUCUUUGAAUUAAAAAACCCAUGUUCUUUUUUAGAUUUAUCAUCCAAUUUUUAAUUUUUUUGGGGGUUUUAUGCUUGUUGGAUUCAUGGGUUUAAGUUUUUGGUGAGAGUUUUGGGUUGUGUUAUCGAAUUUUGAAGUAGGGAAAUGGAGAUUGAACUGGGUUUCUUGGUGCUCAAAUUUUUGGUGGUGUUUUGUUCUUUCCCAAUUCUUGGAUCUGCAGGUGCAAGAGGCCAUGCUGUUGGUGUUGCUGUAUCUCCUGCAGCCACCCCUGGCAUCAGGAGCGAAAGAUAUGGAUAUUCGAUUGGAGCACCUCCUGAAAGUGCAUUUCAUGCUCUUCCUCAUUUUUCUAGUAAAGGUCCCACCCUGCACAGUUUCGGAAGGUCAAAAUAUGCGUCCCUGGCACCUUCUGGUUCACCUAAUCGACAUAUUCCUAGGCAGCAGAUCAAUUCUCUGGAUUCUUCUCAUGAAAAUUAUUUUUCUAAACAUCAUCAUCGUUAUCGUGCAAGGGAUCAAUUUGGAAAAUGGGCUGCAGGACCAUCAUACCUUCCUUCUACGCAACAUCGUCAUCAAUCACAUGAAGUCUCCCCAUUCGGUUCUCCAUUUCGUUCAACGAAAAACCAGUACUCGCCUAUGCCUGCGCCAGCACCCCAAGCUUGGCAAAUGCUUGUUAAGCCACCCGCUAUUUCUCCUUCGAGUUCUCCGGUAAAGAUGAAACAUCAUCCAUCUUCAACAUUCGUAUUACCGUCUCCACCUCCAAAUCAAGAUUGUUCGGCAGUAACAUGCGCAGAACCAUUGACCUACACACCAUCUGGAGUUCCCUGUGGUUGUGUGUGGCCAAUGCAAAUAAGAUUGCAACUUGACAUUGCUUUGUACACGUUUUUCCCUUUGGUCUCGAAGCUGGCUGCAGAAAUCGCAUCAAGUCUUUCGCUUAAGCAAACCCAAGUUCGAAUAAUGGGAGCAGAUGCUGCAAGCCGACAGCUAGAGAAAACCAUUGUUCAUGUGAACUUGGUCCCACUAGAUGGAAGUUUCAAACACGCAGCUGCAUUUUCACUAUAUGAGAAGUUUUGGUGCAAGCUGAUUCAUGUAAAUUCUUCCCUCUUUGGUGCUUAUGAUGUGCUAGAUGUUAACUAUCCAGGUCUUCCGCCUUCCCCACCUUCUAUUUCUGGUAACCUUGCUGCUAUAGAUGACCAUCCAUAUCCUGCUAACUAUAAGGGCAACAGUGGAAGUUCGUUAAAGCCUCUUGGUGUUGAUAUACCGAAAAGACAAAACAAUAGUUCGGAUAAAAGCUUGUUGGCUGUGAUAACAAUAUCUGCUAUAACAGCUUUCUUAACAGUUGCCGGUAUUGCAUGGAUCUUGAUAGUGAGACGCAGAGGUUCAGCACCUCUCCCCAAAGAAGCUCCAAUUACGACGGUCACUUCCUUAACAAAGCCAUCAGGACCUGCUAUGGCUGUAGGAAUUAAAUCUUCUAGAUCAUUGUCUUUCAGUUCAGGGAUGCUAAAUUUUACGGGUUCUGCAAAGAUUUUUAGUCUUGAUGACAUUGACAGAGCGACUAAUGGAUUUGACACAUCGAGAAUCCUUGGAGAAGGUGGAUUUGGGGUUGUAUACAGAGGCAUUUUCGAUGGUGGAGAGCAAGUGGCAGUGAAAGUUCUGAAGAAGGAUAAACGCCAUGGAAUACACGAGUUUUUGUCCGAAGUUGAGAUGCUUAGUCGUUUGCACCAUAAGAACCUAGUUAAAUUGCUAGGCAUAUGCACCGAGGACCACAUACGAUGCCUUGUUUAUGAACUAGUUCCAAAUGGAAGUGUCGAAUCUCACUUACAUGACAAAGGAGUUUCACCUCUUGAUUGGUCAACCCGCAUGAAAAUCGCCCUUGGGACUGCUCGCGGUUUGGCCUACUUGCACGAAGAUUCAAAUCCUUGUGUCAUACAUCGCGACUUUAAGUCUAGCAACAUCUUAUUGGAACACGAUUUUACACCAAAAGUGUCUGAUUUUGGAUUAGCUAGAAAUGCGUUGAACGAGGGAAAUCAACCCAUCUCAACUCAUGUAAUCGGAACAUUUGGUUACUUGGCUCCUGAGUACGCGAUGACGGGUCAUCUUCUUGUCAAAAGUGAUGUUUACAGCUACGGGGUGGUGCUAUUAGAGCUCUUAACAGGAAGAAAACCCGUAGACUUUUCAAAACCACCCGGUCAAGAAAACCUAGUAAGUUGGGCUCUCCCGCUUCUUGCCAACCAAGAAGGUCUCGAAAUAGUCAUAGACCCGUUCCUAAAGCCAAGUGCUCCGUUCGAAAGUUUCUUCAAAGUCGCUGCAAUAGCAUCUAUGUGUGUACAGCCAGAGGUAUCCCGCCGUCCCUUCAUGGGAGAAGUUGUUCAGGCCUUGAAACUUGUGUGCAGCGAGCUUGAUGAUGCAAACGACCAGGACGAAUCAGUAACCAGUUUCAACCCGGCAAAGGGUUCAGUCGAUGAAGAUAACAAGAGCGGUCCAAUCUCGGCCGAUUUUCAAGUAUUCAUCGGAACUCGUUAUUCCGCAUUUGGAUAUGAAUCGGGCUCUGACGUCAAAGUACCAGCAUCAGCUAUUGAUCUGUCGGGUGUUUCUGCAGAUUUCGAAGAAUGUGAAUAUCAAAAUUCACAAAGGCAAUUCAGCUCGGGACCUCUGGGAUCGAGAACUAAAAUACCAUUUUGGCAGAGAUUUGGUCGAUUUUCUAGAGGAAGCAUGAAGGAACAUCUCUGGUCAGGAACCCAAUAAUAUGCCUAGAUGUCCUUUGAAGUUGCGGAUUGAACGAAGUUCAGGUAAAAUUUUUUUCGGUAAAUGCUUGGACUCGUCUGAAUCCUCGAUGUCGUAGAAAUCAAGCUUCACGGUGUGGAAAUUUCCUAUAUGCUCCCGCCUUAUUCAAUCGUUGUAAUGUGGUGAUUAGCUCUUCAGCUUUCAGGUGUAUAAAUAAUGUCUUGUGAUUCGAGUUUAUAGAUCCGUUGAUGAAGUAUUCUUGUUGUAUUGCUUGUUAUAUUCAUGUAUCUUGGUUUCUUGCUUGAGCAUUCCAAACUGUAUUAAUGGAGUAAGUGUAUAGAGGUCAUUUUCUUUCCUCAUACCUUGUGGUGA